AUGGCAAAAAACUUCGACAAGACAUCACACCCUCUCACACCCUCUAACCCUCUUUCCCCUCUCUCCCCCUCCCCCCUUCACACUUUCUGCCAACCUCCCCCAUUCCUCCCAAUUCUCCUCUCUCUACCAACAGCUUCCCACCCUUCUCUGCCAGAUUCCCCCUUAAUCACCCAACACCGCACCUUUCCUGACGACCUUCUCCCCCUAUCCCUGCCCUUCUCCCCUCUCUGCCAGCCUUCUCUCCCUCGCCCUUGCCUUUCCUCCUCUCAGCCAACCUUCUCACUCCUCUCUGCCCUUCGCCCCUCUUUUCACCAAACUCCAACCCCCCUCUCCUUCUCUGCCAUACUUACCCCUUUUUCUCAGCCAAACACCUCCUCCUCUCUGCCAACCUUCUCACCCCCUCUCUGUCAAUAUCAUCCCCUCCCCCCACUGCUCAACCAACCUUCUCGACUCUUCCCUAAGCUUCCACCUCCCUCUCUGCCAGCCUUCCCCCCUUCCCUCACUGCCAACCUUCCCUCUCCCUUUCCCAACCUUCCCCCCUCAUCUCUGCCAACCUUCCCCCUUCCCUCUGUCAUCCUCCCCCCUUCGUUUUGCCAGUCUUCCCCCAUCGCUUUGCCAUCCUUCCCCCCUCCCUUUGCCAACCUUUCCUUCACCCUCUCUCUGCCAUCCUUUCCCCUCUUUUUUACCAACCUUCCCCCAACUCUUUGUCUACCCUCUCUCCCAUUCCCUGCCAACAAACCCCCCGUCAACCUCUGCCAACCAUUACCCCCCUCCCUGCCAACCUUCCUCUCCUCUCUCCCAACCUGUUUCCCUAUUCCUCCCCAACACUCCCUCCAUUCGAACCCACUUUCUGCCAACACUCUUCCCCUGUUUGCCAACCUUCCCUCUCUCUCUACCAUCUUCCAACCCUCUAUUUCCCAACCGUCCCCAACCUCUCUACCAUGCUUACCCCCUCUCUCUGCCAUACUUUCCCCUUCUCUUUUCAACCUCUACCAACCAUUACGCCCAUCUCUGCAAACCUUCCUUUCCUCUCUCCCAACCUUCCCCCCUUUCUUCCUCAACUCCCUCCACUCAUCACCUCUUUCCGCGAACACUCCUCCCCUCUCUGCGAACACUCCUCCCCUCUCUGCCAACACUCCUCCCCUCUCUGCCAACACUCCACCCCUCUCUGCAAACACUCCUCCCCUCUCUGCCAACACUCCUCCCCUCUCUGCGAUCACUCCUCCCCUCUCUGCCAACACUCCUCCCCUCUCUGCCAACAUUCCCUUUUUCUCUGACAACAUUGCUCCUCUCUCUGCCCCACCCUCUCAUUGCCAACCUUCCCCCCUCUAA